UCAUUACCCAGCAGGGUUAUGCAGUUUUAAUCCACUUUAUUCCUGUUGAUAAAAAACACUGUCCCGAGGCGGCCAUGGCGUCAAUGUCGUGGUUUCAUGUCAUCUUUGGCAUCUUUCUGCGGUGCGAGAGUACCUUUGAUUGUUCUGGCACCGCUUGUUCCAGCAGUGGCCAUGGCUUGCUACAGGUCGACAAAGCCAUGGGCCAGCAGCAAGUGACAACGACAACAACAACUUGGGCCAGCCCGUACUAUAUGAUGCGCUGCGCGGGCACCCAGGCGAUGACGACUCAGCAUAUGACGGAGGCGGACUAUGACAGUAUCACUUUGAAGGUCCAAGGCCUCUACCAAUCCUUACCAAGCACGUGCACGGCAACCGAGUGUCCACAAGCUGACUGGGCCGGAUGCGUCUUGCGGAUGGCUGGGCAUGAUUUUAUGGACUACAAGGAUGGCGAGGGAGGUGCAGAUGGCUGCGUGGACCUCACAGAUGCUGACAAUUCGGGGCUAGCUGAAUGCCUCCAUGCAGGGGAGUUUGGCAUCUCCAUCGCAGACGCCUAUGAGGAUUUCUGUGAGUCAGUCUCCUUGGCUGAUUUCCUUGUCAUUGCUGCCGAAGCAGUCAUGACUGCAUCUCGUGAGCAUGUGACAGCAGAAGACAGCAGCCGAUCCACCAUUGACUUCAAGUCCCAGUUCAAGUUCGGCCGCACCACCGCCACAACGUGUGACUUUGCACAUGGCAGGUUGCCCAAUCCAGAGAACAGCUGCUCAGCAGUCAAGGAGACCUUUGUCGACAGCAUGGGUCUGACUUGGGCUCAAGCUGCAGCCCUGAUGGGAGUUCACACACUGGGGAGGGCACAGGUGAGCAAUUCUGGGUACAAUGGUUGGUGGAGCUCAGCACUCAUGAGCCGGAAGUUCAACAAUGAUUAUUUCGUGUCAAUCUUGGCCAAGGGCUGGUCACCGGAGGCUUCAGUUGCAGGGAAUCCAGCCAAGAAUCAAUGGAAGCGAGCGGAUUCCGGAGCAGAUGAAGCUGCCCUUGGCAAAGAGAUGAUGUUGAACACCGACCUGUGUUUAGCUUUUUCAAUGGAUGAUGAAGGUGCUGUUGAGCUUGAUGCUGCUACCGCGGCAGAGGCUGGCUGCGAGUGCGCCUGGGGUACUCCAGCAGCUAUAAGUACUGCCAUCACCAAAUAUGAGAACGGGCAUUUUUGCGGCAGCACCGACAUCCCCGGAAAGGACAAUUUCAAAUUGCAGCGAGCCAUCUGCUGCGGAGCCGAGUUUGAUAAGGUCUCGGAUGCCGUGAUCGACUGCGGCCUUCCUUUGAAACCUGAAGGUCCAGCGUACUCAUCGAUCAAAAAGUUCGCCAACAACGAAGACAAGUGGAUCAAAGUCUUUAAGGGGGCAUGGAAGAUCGUAACGAACAACGGCUUUUCACUGAAACGCCUUCGAAGCUGCUACAGCUGAGAAGAGAUGACCGCACCAAUCCUCACAGCUGAGAGAAAGGAGCCAGUUGCACCUGUCAGUCGC